UUUAUUAUAACAAAAACCUAGCCGAGCAGAGAAAUAUCGAUAAUGCGUUGAACUCUCCACGCUCUAUGGCGAUCGUAAUAUGAAUCGAAUUAAAUGAAUAGCACGUCGUCUAACCGUAAAUGACUCGGGUACCUCGGGAUCGCUAAACCCGUACGGUAGCUAUGAUUAAAAAUUCAACAUAGCUACAGACCCUGAGGGUCGCCUAGACAAAGAGAUUCUAUGAUAUUAUUUGACUAUUAGUCAAAGAUAACAAUGGUGCCCAGACAGCUCGACCGUAUUUGCAACUUUUGCGUGCGUUGAACUGCGGAAAUUGGCAACUUGAAUUGUUUUCUUAGUUGACAUGGUGUAUAAUGGACCACACAGUACAAUCAAAGAAGGUUGACCAUGAUUUACUUUCACAGUCAUAUACGAGAGGUGUUGAAAGAUUAACAGGACUGCAAACUAGUACGUAUGGUUUAUCCUCUAAAGUUUUACAAAACAGGCAGAAAUUUUGGAAUAAGUUAUUUCUCAAGUACACAGGACAUGUAUCAGAUGAAACUGGAACCGACGACGCAAACAUUGCCGUGCCUAUAAAAAAGUCAUUAAUGUCUAUACAGUAUUGGGUAAAUACUGGCUAUCUACCUACCGAUGCAAAUGUGAUACUAAGCGUACAUUCAAAGAGUUGUACUUCAGUCGAGUCUGAAUCUUUCGAUUUCUUACAUCAUCGUCAUACGAGAGAAGCAUGUUACGAAAAUUCUACCGCGAGCUCUGUUGACACUGCCGCGUACAUUUUGUCGAACAAUAAUACAACGAGUAAAGUUGAAACCAUGGCCAUUGUAGAAGGUGCGAAGCACGAUACGCAAGGAAAUUCGAGGAACGUGAUACAAACAAAUUCGCACGAGAUAGUUGAUACGAGAAAUACUUUGUUUCGUAACUCUGAACACUGUUACGAUAAAUUGUCGAACGAAAAACCAAUAGGGACAAUUUAUGACCUUACAAAGAGAAACUCUUUUGUUACACAGAACUCGUUGAACGUAGAGUCAACGAAUACCAAUAAAAGUAUUCGCAAAAAACUGUAUACUCGUACAAAUUCACCUAUCGAUCUUCUUCACGCGAAAAGUGAUAAUAAUUUGACGUCCAAGUCGAAAAAGUACAUACAUCCUGCGUUAAAUUCCGGUUCUAAACGGAAAAAAAGGCAUACAAUUUGCACGAGAGGAAAAUUAAACAAACGCUCGUUCGUGUUUAAUAAAAAUUUAACGGAUGGCGAUCGAUUUAGCGUUUUAAAAGAAAAAUGUAGAAGGAGAGAUCGUAGUUAUUUCGACGAUAUUAUUCCGUUAUCCGAUCUUCCUUCGAGGUGUAAAGGUUCGCUCGAUAGAGGUAAUUCUAGUACUAUCAAGAAUUUGACAACACAUCAAAAUUUAAUACAAUGUACGGAUAAAUCUUCGAAUACGUCUAAUAGCAAGAAAUGCGAAAAACAUCAUGAAGCGAUAGAAAGAAGACAACAUUUAAAUCCGGUAGUUUGUUUAAAGCGGUUAUCAGAGUCUGAUUUACAAAAUUUUCAAGAAAAGAAGAGAAAUACGAAAGCAAAAGAUCCUGGCAAUUUAAAUCCAGUAGUUUGUUUAAGGCGGUUAUCUGACAAUGAUAUUAAAAUUACUUGCACCGAUGAUGCAAAGACGACAAGUACAAAUAGUUCGUUACUCCUAGACGUUGAGGUGCAAACCAGCGAUACGAAUAGCAUGCAACAUUCAAGUUUUUUAUUCUGUAAGCCAGAAAGCAUACAUUUUGUCGAGGAUACGGAUAGUAGUUUAAGUACUCUUUUUAUCUAUAAAUGCGAAAGUGGGAUAUUUCAUAACGGUUUUUCUGCGAAUAAAUCGUUUAUGUCGAGUAACAAUCACCAUCGGCUUGACACUGCGGCAAAAGAGAGGUUGAAUCAAACAGAUGGAGAAUUAAAUAGUAAAUUUUUUAGUCAAAAUUUUAUAUCAAACGUCUGUUCGAGGUCGAAAAUAAUGGCAAACAAUAUCAGACAUUUGCAUGACAGUAUUCGCGAUAAGCGCAAAGAUGAGGAUAUACGUAAAAGAAAAAAAUCGAAAAUUUUUCAUAACAUACAAAUCUCCAGCGAUUCGUUUUUCAAGGAGGAUUACGAGCGAGAUGCUAUUCGCCCGUUAAAUGUAUCCGUUAAUUCAAGUAUCGCAUCAUCUUCGGAUAAGUCGAGAGACAUUUGUAAAAAUAGGUUUAACGAUAAUUUAAAUGUAAAUAACGACGAGCCGUGUUUAUCGUUGGACGAAGACGACGGGUUUGUAGAACUUGUACACAAGUAUUACUCUACCUGGAAGUAAGCCGCUAAGGAUACUCUGUCGUUGCGAACAACUUGACAUCAGCUUCCAUUUAGUCAAUAAAGGAUAUUGAAGCGCAAAUGAAGAGUAAUAAAGGAAUAUUUUUGAUACCCAUUUCUCGAAAUUCAGCUUGACGAUGCCUGCCAUUUGGUGUCUGGUAUAUAUGUUACCUUUAAUUUUUAAUGUUUGUUAGCGAGAAGAUAAGAUUGUAUUUAUGUUUUAUACAAACUAUCGUAGUAAAUAAAUAUUGUUACUUUUA